AUGGCAAGAUGCAUGCAGAUUGACGAACUCGUACGGCCCAUCACCUACAUGAUUUACGAAGCAAGUGGGAAAUGCGAGUUGGCACGGAUAGCCAGGACCUGCAGGGCGAUCUGCGAGCCAUCGUUAGACAUCAUCUGGGAGGACAUGGACGAGUUGUGCCCCCUGUUUAAGUUGCUUCCUCCUUAUUCAUGUAAUCUAGUGGACGUUGACAAAGUACUCGACAGGUUUGAGCAAACUUUCACGGCGUGCGAUGAAUUCGAGGUGGCACCACAAGGCAGCAUCGGAGAAGCCUCCUGCAUCGACUCAGAGCUUCCGGUGGCUAAGCUUCCCCUCCAACGUCGAAUGGUCUCGCGCGAAAUUGACUUGAAACCCUUCCAGGACUACGCCUCACGCAUCAAAACAUUUACGUGGAACUUCGAGACACAAGAUAACCCGACGGUUUCCACAAUACAGUCAGUCUUUGGUGAACUUGGAUCGUCAGCGGGCCUUCUCCCAAACUUGCGCGUGUUAUACUGGAAGAUGCCGCAAGGCGACCUUUUACCCCUCGUGACACGCCUACCGGGAGAAAACUUGGAGAAAUUGGUGUUGUAUCACAACGCCAUUCCUGUCGUAGUGAAGACUCUGGAGCAGCUGCGGCUCAGUUCACGCCUGCGUAACCUCAAGGCCUUGGAGUUCAGCGUGCCUUUGUCGGAGGAACUGGGCGAUGAAGAGGCGCAGAAUAAAUUGGGCGAUGAAGUGGCGCGGAUCCUGGAAAACACAGCGAGUCUCCAUCGACUGUCCUAUAUGUUCAGUUUUCUCCCACGUCUCACAGUUCAGGCUCUAGCGAAAAGACAAACCUCAACGCACGUUCAGAUCGACGUGCGGGAGAGGGACCUCUUGGCGUUGCAAGCGCUCGCCGUAGGAAACGUGUUUCCCAACUUGAUAAGUCUCGUUCUGCAUCUGGAUACGCUUGCGAAAGGGACCCUUGCGCUGUUCGGUAGCAUCUGCUUACCGCGCCCGAAGGUAUGUACUUUCCGAAGUAGAUGA